UUCAAUAACACAAGAGAGCGGAGAUGUCAAACAAGUAUUCUCCGAUGAAGAAGAUAGGGUUUCUGAAUCGAGAAAUGGAGUUAGAACCACCAGCUAAGAUUAAUGGUCAUCAUAAAGAUACAAUAUCGCCAACACUCGGUGAGUUACUGAAGAGAGUUGAAGAUGCACAAAACAACGGAACUCCGAAUAAUCAAGAACAUCGAGUUAUAAAUCUUGAUCAUUUGGAUCAACCAAGAUCAGUUCCACCAUUUGUGUUAUCCUUCAACAAUCUUACAUACAGUGUUAAAACAAGCCGGAAACUGACACUUCCGUCGUGUUUCCGCCGGAAAGACUCACUCGGAGUUGUGACCAAUGGAGAAACUCAUCAUCAAAGGAAGUUUUCGAAUAUGAAGACUUUAUUAAAUGAUAUUUCUGGUGAAGCUCGUGAAGGUGAAGUAUUAGCUGUUCUUGGAGCAAGUGGUUCGGGGAAAUCUACGUUGAUUGAUGCAUUAGCUAAUCGGAUAGCUAAAGAUAGUUUGAAAGGAAAUAUAACGUUAAAUGGUGAAGUACUUGAAUCUCGUUUACUUAAAGUUAUCUCAGCUUAUGUUAUGCAAGAUGAUCUUUUAUUUCCCAUGUUAACAGUUGAAGAAACUCUAAUGUUUUCUGCUGAGUUUCGAUUACCUCGUUCGUUAUCUAAGUCGAAGAAGAAAGCUAGAGUACAAGCUUUGAUUGACCAAUUAGGGUUGAGAAAUGCAGCUAAAACCGUGAUUGGUGAUGAAGGUCAUAGAGGUGUUUCUGGUGGUGAACGUCGUCGUGUUUCUAUCGGUAUUGAUAUUAUUCAUGAUCCUAUUAUCUUGUUUCUUGAUGAACCGACGUCAGGUUUGGAUUCUACUAGUGCGUUCAUGGUUGUGAAGGUUUUGCAGAGAAUUGCUCAGAGUGGUAGUAUUGUUGUUAUGUCUAUUCAUCAGCCAAGUUCCAGAAUUCUUGGGUUGUUGGAUCGUUUGAUCUUUCUUUCUCGUGGUCAGACUGUUUAUAGUGGUUCUCCUGCAAAUAUUCCUCGAUACUUCUCCGAGUUCGGCAACCCGAUUCCUGAAAAUGAGAACCGGAUAGAGUUCGCGCUCGAUUUUAUUCGAGAGCUUGAACAGUCGACACCAAAUGGUGGUGGUACUAAGCCGCUAGUGGAGUUCAACAAGUCAUGGCAGAGCAAACACUAUCCUCGAAAUUUGGAGUCUGACCGGCUUGGGUUAUCAUUGAAAGAUGCGAUUAGUGCUAGUAUUUCUAGAGGAAAACUAGUAUCUGGCGCGACGAAUGAUGCUAGCAGUACUGCAUCUACUGUCACAACUUUUGCGAACCCGUUCUGGAAUGAAGUAAUUGUCUUGUCAGAACGUUCAAUGAAGAAUUCGAGGAGAAUGCCUGAAUUAUUUGGUAUGCGAUUGGGAGCAGUUUUGGUCACCGGUUUCAUCUUAGCUACCAUGUUCUGGCAACUCGAUAGUUCACCAAGAGGUAUAAAAGAAAGAUUAGGAUUUUUCGCUUUCGCCAUGUCUACAACAUUUUACACUUGUGCAGAUGCUCUUCCAGUUUUCCUCCAAGAACGAUACAUCUUUAUGCGAGAAACUGCUUAUAACGCGUACCGCCGCUCAUCAUACGUUCUUUCCCAUUCACUUGUAGUCAUUCCAUCAUUAGUCUUCCUCUCCUUCGCAUUUGCAGCAACAACAUUCUGGGCAGUCGGAUUAGCCGGAGGCAGCUCCGGAUUCUUUUUCUAUUUCGGUAUAAUCUUUGCAGCAUUUUGGGCAGGAAGUUCUUUCGUCACUUUCCUAUCUGGCAUUCUCUCCCAUGUCAUGGUUGGUUACACCGUAGUCGUUGCUGUCCUCGCGUACUUCCUGCUCUUCAGUGGUUUCUUUAUCAACCGAGACCGAAUCCCACCGUACUGGAUUUGGUUCCAUUACAUGUCACUAGUCAAGUACCCGUUCGAAGGCGUUUUGCAAAACGAAUUCAACGAUCCGACAAAAUGUUUCGUCAGGGGUGUUCAAAUGUUCGAUAACACGCCUCUUUCGAUCGCUUCAAACCAAAUGAAAGUGAAUUUGCUCAAGACAGUGAGUAAUUCGUUAGGUUUGGCGAUUACACCGACUACUUGCGUUACCACGGGAACUGAUAUAUUGAGAGAUCAAGGGGUUACUGAUCUGAGUAAAUGGGGUUGCUUGGGGAUAACUAUAGCUUGGGGUUUCUUCUUUAGGAUUCUCUUCUACCUUUGUUUAUUGUGGGGUAGCAAGAACAAAAGAAGUUAGUUGGAUGUUGGUUGAUAAGUGGUUUACAAAUUGAACAGGGCCAGCUUUUCUAUUUUAUUGGCGGGAAAGAAUUGUAAUUCUAAUUUCAUACUUUUCAUGUUUGUUUUUAUUUACUUAUUUGGGAGUGGUAACUGGGCGAUCCUCUAUUUAAGGCACUGUAACUGUGUAAGUUUAUAUAUAUACAAUCUUUUUGAAUCUUCAA